AGCGCGGAGGCCGCACGAUGCCUGGAGUUACUGUAAAAGACGUUAACCAGCAGGAGUUCAUCAGAGCUCUGGCAGCCUUCCUCAAAAAGUCCGGGAAGCUGAAAGUCCCCGAAUGGGUGGACACAGUCAAGCUGGCCAAACAUAAAGAGCUUGCCCCCUAUGAUGAGAACUGGUUCUACACACGAGCUGCUUCUACAGCACGGCACCUGUACCUGCGUGGAGGUGCUGGGGUUGGCUCCAUGACCAAGAUCUAUGGAGGACGGCAGAGAAACGGUGUCAGGCCCAGCCACUUCAGCAGAGGCUCCAAGAGUGUGGCCCACCGCGUUCUCCAAGCCCUGGAGGGACUGAAAAUGGUGGAAAAGGACCAAGAUGGGGGCCGCAAGCUAACACCUCAGGGACAGAGAGAUCUGGACAGGAUUGCCGGACAGGUGGCAGCUGCCAACAAGAAGCAUUAGAACAAAGGAUGCUGGGUUAAUAAAUUGCCUCAUUCAUAAAAAAA